AUGGAGACUACCCCCCGAGCUUCAUUUAACGACCUUCCCGCCGAGAUCGUCGCCAUCAUCAUACAAGAUGCUGCAGAACCCACUUUUACUCAAGACGAGGAAUAUGAGCUGAUGAAUCUGUACUCAACCGCUCGUGAACUUUGUCUCGUCUCCCACGCUUUUAGGCACGUUGCACUGCCUAUAAUGUUGCACACAGUAUUACUGGAUUUUCGUAACAUGCCAGCUUUCUUGCAUGCUCUAUAUAUGCAGAACGAAUACGCUCACACGUAUCCUGCUCUCCGUUUCGAGUACACAUCUUACAUACGCAACAUCUGGUUUGGAGAGCGUUGGGGUGGGCGUCCCUCAGACACUCACGUCUACAGCCGCUUUACCUCUGAGCCUGUGUCAGACAUUGAGCUCAUCGCUCCAGUACUCCUGAGUGCAUCGUCACUAGCGAUCGAGUUCUCGUGUCUAGACCUCCUGGUAUUCUCCGUAGAGCUCGCAUGGGGCCGUAUGGAUGACAGCAUAGACCGUGGAUGUUUGCCACUUCCGUGGAACAUAAAAACAUUAACGUUAUCGAGGAUCACCUGUGAUUCAUGGGACAUGGCGAGGCUUGCCUCAGGAUCAGCCUUCCUGGCAUCCAUCACCCACCUUAUCGCCAUCCCUCCCGACGAGGAUGACAUAUCUUCACACAUCAUUUUUCGGGCUAGGUGCGGUGUUGGAUCUCAAGGCUACGCUGCGCCUCUGUGGAUGGAGUACGUUCCGUGGGAUUCUUUCGAGAGACUCGAAAGAGUCUCUUUGGUUUUCCCCCAAGUCAAACUCCCGUUCGAUGAUAUGUACGACUCUAGCAUGGAACUGAAGUUACACGCGGAACUGUUGACGCUCCCUGGUUCCAUGCUCAGGGGCCGCCGCAUACCCGUCGAAAUACAAGGGUCCAAAGAUGCUGAAGAGGGUCAUUUUUGGUUGAAAGACGUUGAUGCUGAGGUGUCCGAUGAGUAUUUUAUUUCCUUAAACGACAUUCAUGUUGUGGUGUCCGAUCACCCGGUGCACUUUUAUUGGCAGAAAGUGUGGGCAUCCGGGUUGCAAGCUGAAGGGAGAUGGGUGUUAUGA